UCUGUUGGAUUACCAACUCGCAGCUCGCAGCACGCAGCUCCCAGCACGCAGCUCGGAGACGGAGAAAGCGGAAACAACCCUCAUUACGCUUCUGACUCUUGAGCGUGUGAGUCGUCGCGCGCGGAUUACGCCCAGGAUAAACGGACGCCGGACGGCAGCAACGCUAAAGCAGCGGCGGCCACUUCGGAUAUCGGCAGAUCCAGAUUUAGUCGAUUGCUUGCCCUCAAAGUGACAGGACACGCAACGCGCAGUGAACUCCCAGUGAAUUGCCAGUGAACACCCAGCAAACACCCAGUGCAUAUUAGACAAUAUUCCCGAAGACUUAAACAUGGUCAUGCUGCAAUCGCCGGCGCAAAAGGCCAGCGACAUUGCAACCCAGCCCGCCGCCGCCGCCGCCGCCGUGGCCGUCGGUGGCCUGAUGAGUCCCAACUCGAACCCCGACUCGCCCAAGUCGAACGCCUCGCCGAAAGUGGCCAGUACUGAGCCGGGUUCGGUGGCCGGAGGCGGAAGCACACCGCCGGCGCCCAAGAUACCCAAGUUCAUCAUCAGUGCCAAUGGCCCAGCGGCAGCGGGAAAGCAGGAGCAGGAGCUGAGAUGCUCCCUCGAACGGCUCAAGCAGAUGAGCAGUGAGUCGGGCAGCCUGCUCAGCCGGUUGAGUCCCAUGCAAGAGGAAUCCGCGGAAAAGGAAAAGCCCAAUCUCAACAACAACAGCAGUCUAACAAACCACAACACGCACAGCAAUCCACGCCGCUCGCAAUCUCCCCCCGCUUCAUUGGGGUCUGCGUCGUUCUCCUCACCUGCCCAGCAGCGAAAGCUCCUGGAACUGAAUGCCGUGCGCCAUUUAGCCCGGCCGGAGCCACUGCAGCAUCCACAUGCGGCCUUGCUGCAGCAGCAUCCGCAUCUGCUGCAGAACCCACAGUUCCUGGCCGCCGCCCAGCAGCACAUGCACCAUCACCAGCACCAACACCAGCACCAUCAACAUCAACAUCAUCCGCACCCACACCCACACCCACAGCCCCAUCCCCAUCCGCACCCGCAUGCGGCUUCGGUCUUCCACUUGAGGGCCCCCAGCAGCACCACAGCCCCGCCCUCGCCGGCCACGUCGCCCCUGUCGCCACCCACUUCCCCGGCCAUGCUGUCCGAUCAGCAGCUGAGCCCACCCAUCGAUCCGCCCCAGAAUCCGGCUCAUGCCUCUCAGCAGCAGCAGGUAGCCGCUCCGGACAUGGAUCUCGAGCGGAUCAAGCUGGUUGCCGCGGUGGCGGCGCGCACGACCCAGGCUCCCAGCACCUCCGCCUCGGCAUCCGCUGCCCAUUCCGUGACCAACGCCAACGCCACCACCUCCGCCUCCAACACCAGCUCAGGCUCGCCCAGUGGCCGCGACCUCAGUGACUACGGGUUCCGAAUACAGUUGGGCGGGCUGGCGGCGGCGGCGGCUGCUGCGGCGGCCACUUCGCGACAGAUCGCGGCGGCCAACUAUGCGCGGAGCGACACCAGCGAGGAGCUCAACGUCGAUGGAAACGACGAGGACAGCAACGAUGGAUCGCACAGCACGCCGUCGGUCUGUCCAGUGGACCUGACGCGAUCGGUGAACAGUAAUGCCACCGCAAAUCCAAACUCCGCCUCGACCAGUGCAUCCAGUGAGCGAGACGCUGCCACAAAACGGUUGGCGUUUUCCGUGGAAAACAUCCUGGAUCCGAACAAGUUUACAGGCAACAAGUUGCCAAUUGGUCAAUUUGGCCAUCCACGGCAGUGGAGCUACGAGAGGGACGAGGAAAUGCAGGAGCGAUUGGAUGACGAUCACAGCGAGGACAUGUCCGCCCAGGACCUGAACGACAUGGAUCAGGACGAUUUGUGCGACGACGGCAGCGAUAUCGACGAUCCCAGUAGCGAGACGGACUCCAAGAAGGGAGGCAGUCGCAACGGGGAUGGGAAAUCCGGCGGUGGAGGCGGAGGGGGUGGAUCAAAGCCUCGAAGAGCUCGCACUGCCUUCACCUACGAGCAGCUGGUUUCUCUGGAGAACAAGUUCAAGACCACCCGAUAUCUUAGCGUCUGCGAGCGGCUCAACUUGGCCCUCAGCUUAAGUUUAACGGAGACACAGGUUAAAAUCUGGUUCCAGAAUCGUCGCACCAAGUGGAAGAAGCAGAACCCCGGCAUGGACGUGAACUCCCCCACCAUUCCCCCGCCCGGCGGCGGCUCCUUCGGACCGGGGGCGUACGCCAGCGGACUUCUGUACUCGCAUGCGGUGCCCUAUCCGCCGUACGGACCCUACUUCCACCCCCUGGGCGCCCACCACCUCAGCCAUUCGCACUCAUAAAAUUGCAAGAUGCAACAGCGAUUGUUGCAACUGUUCGAAAAGCGAGGCAGGUCGGACGUGAGCGGAAGAGGACCUGCGGCCGAAGGCGGAUCAAUGGCCUUCAAGGACAAACUGUAAACGUCAAACUGCUUUAUGUGUGUGUUUAGUAUUCGGACCGAGAUGACCUUUGUUAUUUGCUUCGAUUACAUAAUGUAUAUAGUUAUUGUAUAAAUAUGCUAUGCUAGUGCUUAGAACCUCGAACGCCAUAUCUAGAAUUAAAUUAUACAACUACUUCUAGCGUUUAAGUGGCAAGCAAAAUCAAAAAGAGCAAACCAAAAAUUGCAUAAAUGUCAAGUAAAAAAUAAACAUUUUAAAA